UUUGCAGUAACUUAUUUGUUGUAAUAUCGCAAAUGGACGUUGCAGUUUCACCAUUAAGAAUUCCAGCUUUAAGGCUCUUAUAAAAGCCUUGACAAACAUGAGCGUGGAUCACCAUUGUGAAUUCCAUCUGGCGCGUGAUGGACCUGUUUGGCCACUGUGCUGAUUGGUCUGCAGUGUGGAAUCUAGGUGUGUCUGAGACUGGGUGAUAUAGUGCAGAACAGGUUGGGAGGGCUGAAGUGAGCUAACACUAGGUGACUAAGUACAUUGGGACUAUCUGCUGGUGCAAACAAGGCUGUUUUUUUCUCUCAUCUACUUCUGAAUUUAUUUUAAUCUUUCUUUCCUAAUGGUGAGUUGUCCACUCAAUAUAGUCCGAGCCCUUUUAAAGGAGGACAUACUUUUUUAGUUUUGCCAUAGCCUGAUCUUAUUUUACAACUGAAUUUCUGACAUUCUAAAUCUAGAUUUGUUUAUUAGCUUUUUGCAAGAAUGAUAGCCCAUCUUAAAGUAAAUUGGGUAUGUUUUUAUAACAAUCCUUAAGUGUUAAGAGCAAGGCAGUUGUGGUUAUUUCCAAAUUGUUUAAUUCCAUCAAGACAUUAUCAGGUGUGAUGAUCUGCUUACAAAAAAAUAAUGUUGGAUGUUUUUGCGUGUUUGGCGUAGAGCGUGUUUCAGAUGGGACCGGACGUAGGGUUGGGCAGUAUGGCCCAAGUAUCAUAUCCCAGUAUUAUUUUUAUAUGCCGGUAUUUUGUUUUUAAAUAAUAAAAGUUCUACAUUAGGUUUGAGUAGUGUGUGACCCUAGGGUGGCAACAUAUACACUCUCUAAAGUGAUUUCAAUGGGUCUUUCUCCAUUGUGAUUGUUUUAUACUGUUUAAUUCAACUUUAAUCAAAAUAAAUUUGAUCAUUUCCAUUCUGACACGUAGGGUUGCACGAAAUGUGCAAACAAUCUUGACCAUAUUUUAAACAAUAUGUUGCAAUUGCGAUUUGACUUUGUGAUUUUGGAGCAAAACACUUGGGUGAACUGUUGGACUCAUGGAAAUAGUUUGAGUAUAAUAGUGAUGACAAAUUUAAUUAUUUCCUAGGGGUCCCUUUAAUCUUUGGCUACAUUGAAUGUUUUCUCUUAGCUACUUCAUGUAGCUAACAUUUUUGAGUUGUGAAUUCUUCUUUGAAGAAACUGUUGCACAAAAACAUGCAAUAUAGGUCUGUAUAGCUAGUAAAGUUUGUUGGCUCGGUACAUUUAUUAGCUAAAAAGUAGCAUUAAUGGCUAACAAGAAUUAGGCUCAACUUACUAAGAAUAGACAAACUAGCUGUUUGCAGAUGUAAGAAGCAAACUCAGUGUAAUUACAGAGCACUUAAUAUUAAGAAGCAAAAUGAAAACCGCAUUGUCAUCAACAUUGUUGCAUGUGCUGCGUUUACUAUGCAGAGACUGAAUGCAAGUGUCAUGCUCGAGGAACAACAAAUGUUCUCCUUGAGUGAUGGGGCAGGGUAGGUCUGUGGAAAGCUGCAUGGGGAAAGCCGAGAGAAAUAGAUAUACUACAGAUCAAAAGAUUGGGGUCACUUAGCAAUGUCCUAGUCUUUGAAAGAACAUCAAAUUGAUCACAAAUACAGUGUAGACAUUGUUAAUUUUGUAAAUGACUACUGUAGCUGGAAACAGAUUUUUUUUAAUGGAAUAUCUAGAGGCCCAUUAUCAGCAACCAUCACUCCUGUGUUCCAAUAGCACGUUGUGUUAGCUAAUCCAAGUUUAUCAUUUGAAAAGGCUAAUUCAUCAUUAGAAAACCCUUUUGCGAUUACGUUAGCACAGCUGAAAACUGUUGUUCUGAUUAAAGAAGCAAUUAAAACUAGUCUUCAGACUAGAUGAGAACCUGUACUCCGGGAUGCUGGCCUUCCAGUGUCUGUUCUUUUGACCAUCUUAAUAUUUAAUUUUUAUUGUCCAGUCUGAGAUAUGCCGUUUGCUUUGCAACUCUGCCUAGAAUGCCAGCAUCCUGGAGUCGCCUCUUCACUAUUGAUGUUGAGGCUGGUGUUUUGUGGGUACUAUUUAAUGAAGCUGCCAGUUGGGGACUUGAGAGGUGUCGGUUUCUCAAACUAGACACUCUAAUGUACUUGUUCUCUUGCUUAGUUGUGCACCGGGGUCUCCCAAUCUUUCUAUUCUGUAUAGAGUGAGUUUGCGCUAUUUCUUGGCAAUUUCUCGCAUGGAAUAGCCUUCAUUUCGCAGAACAAGAAUAGACUGACGAGUUUCAGAAGAAAUGUAUUUGUUUAUAUCCAGUUUGAGCCUGUAAACGAACCCACAAAGGCUGAUGAUACUCAACUAGUCUAAAGAAGGCCAGUUCCCUUCUUCUUCAAUCAGAACAACAGUUUUCAGCUGUGCUAACAUGAUUGCAAAAGGGUUUUCGAAUGAUCAAUUAGCCUUUUUUUAAUUAUAAAUUUGGAUUAGCUAAUACAAUGUGCCUUUGGAACACAGGAGUGAUGGUUGCUGAUAAUGGGCCUCUGUACACUUAUGUAGAUAUUCCAUAAAAAAAUCAGCCGUUUCCAGCUACAAUAGUCAUUUACAACAUUAGCAAUGUCUGCACUGUAUUUCUGAUCAAUUUUGUAAUUUUAAUGGACAAAAUGUACAUGUAAUUUAAAACCAAGGACAUUUGUAAGUGACCCCAAACUUUAUUAUAUUUUAUUUAUUUAUUUAUUUAAAACUAGGCAAGUCGGUUAAGAACAUUCUUAUUUACAAUGACUGCCUUCAUCGGCCAAACCCGGACGCCGCUGGGCCGAUUGUGGGACUCCCAAUCACAGCCAGUUGUGAUAAAGCCUAGAUUCAAACCAGGGUGUCUAGUGACGCCUCAAGCACGGAGAUGCAGUGUCUAAGAUCGCUGCGCCACUCGGCAGCCCAGCGUCGACUCAAGUAGCGAAGUAUAAAAAUGGACGUUACAUUUUAACAAACCAAACAUUCAAAAAACGUUAUAGAAUGUAAAGUAAAAACCCAAACCGGUCAGUGCAUCAAUACCACAUAUCGUAAAAUACGGAAUACCACCCAGCACUAACCAGACGGCAUAUACACUACCGGUCAAAAGUUUUGUAACACCUACUCAUUCAAGUAUUUUUUUUUAAAUUUUUACUAGAAUUGAAGUGAAGACAUUAAAACUGAAAUAACACAUGGAAACAUGUAACCAAAAAAGUGUUAAACAAAUAUUUUAGAUUAUUCAAGUACCCUCCCUUUGCCUUGAUGACAGCUUUGCACACUUGGCAUUCUCUCAACCGCCUUCACCUGGAAUGCAAUUCAAUUAACAGGUGUGCCUUGUUCAAAGUACAUUUGUGGAAUUUCCUUCCUGCUUAAUCCGUUUGAGAGAAUCAGUGGUGGUGUGAAAAGGUAGGGGGUAUACAGAUGAUGGACCAAGUCCAAAUUAUGGAAAAACAGCUCAAAUAAGCAAAGAGAAAUGACAGUUCAUCUUUACUUUAAGAUCUGAAGGUCAGUCAAUACGUAACAUUUCAAGAACUUUGAAAGUUUCUUCAAGUGAAAUCACAAAAACCAUCAAGCUAUGAUGAAACUUACUCUCAUGAGGACCACCACAGGAAUGGAAGACCCAGAGUUUCCUCUGCUGCAGAGAAUAAGUUCAUUGAAGUUACUAGCCCCAGAAAUUGCAGCCCAAAUAAAUGCUUCAGAGUUCAAGUAACAGACGCAUCAACUGUUCAGAUGAGACUGUGUGAAUCAGGCCUUCAUGGUCGAAUUGCUGCAAAGAAACCACUACUAAAGGACGCCAAUAAGAAGGGACUUGCUUGGGCCAAGAAACAUAAGCAAUGGACAUUAGACCGGUGUAAAUUUGUCCGUUGGUCUGGAGUCCAAAUUGAAGAACACUGUCAGUGUUUUAUUUAGAAUUCAAGGCACACUUAACCAGCAUGGCUACCACAGCAUUCUGCAGCGAUAUGCUAUCACAUCUGGUUUGCGCUUGUUUUUCAAUAGGACAAUAACCCAACACACCUCCAGGCUCUAAGGGCUAUUUUACCAAGAAGCAGAGUGAUGUGCUGCAUCAGAUGACCUGGCCUCCACAAUCCACUGACCUCAACCCAAUUGAGAUGGUUUGGGAUGAGUUGGACGGCAGAGUGACGCAAAAGCAAGUGCUCAGCAUAUGUGUGAAAUCCUUUGAUUUCUUGAGGAAAAGCAUUCCUCAUGAAGCUGGUUGAGAGAAUGGCAAGACUGUGCAAAGCUGUCAUCAAAGCAGGGUGGCUUCUUUAAAGAAUUUCAAAUAUGAAAUAUAUUUUGGUUUAACACUUUUUAAAAAUUCUUUACUACAUGAUUCCAUAUGUGUUAUUCCAUAGUUUUGAUGUCUUCACUAUUAUUCUACAAUGUAGAAAUUUGUAAAAAUAUAAUCUCGAAUGAGUAGGUGUUCUAAAACUUUUGACCGGUAGUUUAUAUUUAUCAUUACUGCAACUGGAAAAUAAUUUUGAAACAAACAUUUUAAAUAUCAUACAGAAAAUGCUCUAGGUUCACAAGAGUUAUCAUCAUUAGGGGUCCAUAUGAUGAACAAAGAAUAGAAAAGAGCAGAGACUGAUUUUUAUUUUUUUGAGCAGACUUUAAAGAACACCAGUUUCUGAAAUUUUCUUGUACGCAUUCAGGGUGCAUCAUCACAUGUGAAUAUAAGAUCUUGAUGGAAUGAAGCACCACUAAGUUAAGGCAAACUCCUGAGUUGUUGGUUAUUUCAGCUGUCAUGGGCAAGCUCAGCUCUGGUGUGCCUGUCCACCACUGACCUCCAGGUUUUCACUCCUAGGCAGAUUAGUGGAGUCCCUGAAGCAGCCUGAAACCCCCGACAGACUCCCAUAGGCAGCAAACGCCCUCCCUGCGCUGAAUCCUUUCUCUCUAGCGUCCCCUCUGAGUCUCCUGAUAUGUUCUCCAACCUCCACUCCUCCCUUGCUCCCACUAAGGUGCGUUGGAGCCCCUCCAAGUAUCCCUACAGCAGCACUGAGAACCUGGCUGCCAUAGGAUCUUCCCCCAAUGGAUCUGACAAGAAGCGGCGAGAUCCUCUAUCCCCCAGCCCAAUGGAACCGCAAAGCCAUGGAAAAUCCAAUGCAGGCUUCAGAAUUUUCUCUGCCAAAUCUGCUGUUGCAAGUGGCGAUCCUGUGCCAAUUAAGGCGGUUGAGGGCAAAAUACCUCCUCUACCUCUUCCUGACUACGAUAGCCUGUUCCCACAGAAGAGACAUGGAGUACAAGGGCAGACUCGAUGGGACCAUAUAAUUGCAGAGGUGAAUCAGAGACAGCAAGAAUAUGUGCCUCAGCUCAUUGGUAAAGAGAUGAGUGUGGAUGGCCCAGACCUCGACUCACCAGGACCUCCACGCAAUGAUAAAUAUUCCUACUUGCAGGAGCGGGCAGCAGAGCACUUACACCAGCAACAGACACAAGUUCAGAAAGUUCAAUCUACCUCUUUGAGGAGCAUAGGGCCCAGCAGUUUGCCAGCACUCACUCCCCCUUCCAAACCAGUAGCUGCAGUCCCGCUUAGACUAGUGGUCGACUCUAACACAAACCAAGACCAGAGCACUAUACAGGCUAAUCCACCUGAGGCGCCCAAUGCCUUUGUCUCCAAAGUCUUGGUCUCUACAAAACCCAUGGUUCAGAAAAGAGACUUACCCUCCAUGACACCUCGGGAGGAUGCAAAGAAGGUGUUAAACACAUAUUUUGCUACAGCCAGUGAUGGCAAACCUGUUUUCUCAACAGAAAAUCAUAGAUCUACAUCACGAGUGGUUUUGGUGUCAAGUUCUACAGAUGAACCUAAAGGACUGCCAAACACUCCCAAAGAGAUCCCCGCAGCCAAACCCAGACAAAGGUUAGUCCGCAAAGAGCCAUUGAGACCUGCAGAUCAUGAGCAGACAUUAGCAGGGUCUACCACUGUAGAGCAGGAGAACAGAUUGGAGAGGAGAGCCUCAACCCUCGAUAUCAUGAGAAGGAGUAGUCCAGUGACUGCAAAGAACACUGAGGUGACUGCUUACAAUGAAAAGCAACUCUUGUUUGACUCUGCAGAAAGCGACAUUGAUAAAAAAACACAGUUGGAACACAUUAUGAAAGCGAAGUUUGCUGAACUUGACCCCUUCCCCAUUGCCAAUAUCCUGCCUAAAGACCCAUGGGCCCAACCAGAGCCAAGCCACAGUGGAGAUUACUUGUUCACUGGAGAACCACAGAGAAACCGCAAGCUUAAAGAACAGGCAAUGACGACUGAUGACUUGGAUAAACUUUUCGCGCCAAACAAUCCAACGGAUCCCUUUGCCAGUUUUAAUGAUGGUGACUCGGAUGAACCUCAAGAGCAGGAAAAAACGGAAGAACACAGUCUUGCUUUUCAAAGGGGAUUUUCCCAAAUUAAAAAGAAACAAGGAGCACCCCAGCCUUCAGCUAAUUCAAGUAAUAAAACUGUGAUUGGAAAAAAUGAGCUAGUUAAACAAAACCCUUCACCCAGAGAAGACCAGCUGAUCAUCUCAGCCGCUACAACAGGAUGUGUAAAACUGGCGCCUCAAAAUACUAGACAAAGUAAACUCUAUGGCAGAGAUGGGGUGGAAUCUCAAGACAAGUGGGCAGCAGACCCUUUUCCUCCCUCCUCCCAUGUACCUUCUGUCCUGACUUCUCCUGAGCCCCUCCAGUCUGUAGUGCGAGAGCUUACCUCACAGACCGGGGAAAAGACCCUGCUACAGGCCUGUGUCUCACCCUCUGAGGUGCAGCCACUCACUGUGCUGAGUAGCAAUGGUGGUGGGCCAGCCUCAACUCCACGCAGGCCUCACCCAGUGAAGCCCAUGAGCUCCAUAGAGAGCCAAGCUCCCAUUAGCACCCCGGUAGUUGGAGAGAUGUUGACUUAUGACCGCACCCUGGGGAAGAUGAAGGCGCCAGGCAUGGUGGAGAGUGGGCCCUACACCCAGCUGACCCAGGAGGAGUUGAUUACCCUAGUGGUGAAGCAGCAGACGGAGCUCUCCAAGAAAGACUCAAAGAUCGUUGAGCUGGAGGAGUACAUAGACAACCUGCUGGUGCGUGUAAUCGAGGAGAAGCCCAGCAUCCUGUUGGGCCUCAACUCUGUCAAGCAGGCCCUGUAAGGUAUGAGGAGUGGAGUGGACCAGGGAACUGCAAGAUCGAGGGAGAUAUUUAGGCCUCCACUCCAACAUCCCCUGUAGUUUGUGCGUGUUUUUUAUUUUAUUUUAUUACUGUCACUAUGUAUUGGAUCGAGCAAUCUCUUAUUUCCUUUGAGCAUAUGCACUUUUUUUUGUCUCCAUGAGGAGUCGGACUAGGACAAUCUCGAGGUUUCUUUUCAGAAUGCUGUAAUGUAUGCUGAAUAGUUUUUAAAUGUUUUUUUUCUAGAUCACUCGAUGCUACAUCGCAUCAAAUUAUUAAGGUUUUGAAAAUGAAUGGCUUGUUGUAACACUAUGGUACUGGAAUUUAUUUUUUAUACUCAUUUACCAUAAGCAAACAUCUCUUGUCAUUGCGUUGGUAUUUUAUAUGCUGUAUAAACCAUAAUUGGCCCUCAUUAGGCAAAAUGGAACUGUAAGCUCUAGGUAUGUUGAUGUCCAUGUCACUGAUGAAAUAUCUCUGGCCAGGCCUUUGCACAGUGGUUCCAUGUUGCCUACAAUUUAGUGGAUUUUAAUUAGGCCAUCUAGCUACUUUGGUGUCCCAAAGCCUUAACACAUAUAAUAAUAUGCUGGUUAGUGUUUGUUUUGUUGCAUUCUUAAACCUUGAACUUUCCUUGUUUUUCUAGGGUUAUGUUUGAUCCUUUUCUUUAAAUGAUCAUGACGUGCCUUGGCGCUACCCCUUCUUGGUGUAUUCAAUCAAACACAAGUGUUAAUCUAAUACCAAAUCGCAUUAUUGCGGGGUAUGGUACAAGUACGUUAACCCUCAAAGUAAAUGUAGCCUCAUAGUGACAUUUCAGAUACACAGUGGUCUUACCUUAUUAGCCUAGUUUGUUGAAGCGUUAUUGGACCUGUGAUUUUAGGCUAGUUCACACAGGGUUUGAUUGGAAAUGCAUAUCUGUCAACAUUGCUUAUUUUAGCUUUUUAGUUUCCUUUUUCCUUAUUUUAGUUGUUUAUACUGCCAUCUUUUUAAUGUGUCUAAAGGAGGAAAACAUCAUUUACAAAACCAGCGAUGGAUAGAGAACCAGCUAUUUAUUCCAUGUUUGAGGCAGUAGUGUGGAUUUGGUCACGCUAACUAUGGAUGGAGAGAGACCUGCUGUUCACUGUUUUCUUUCUUUUUAUGUCUGUAGUAUCUACUCACUUGACUGUGCAGAGCACACUCUUUUCUAUUUAUGCAAAAUAAUGUAAGUGCACAACAUGUCAAAUAUUUUAUGCAAGAGUAAUGACUAAGUUCAAAUCGUUACACUUUGAGAAAGAUCUUCCAAUAUAUUUAGGCAUUAUGAAUGUAGUUUCAAAAUUAACCUUGUCCUUGUUCGAUUUAAUGCCUUUUUAUUAAGCAGAAGGCUUACAACUUGUGUAAAUCUCUGUCUCUGAAUGUAAUCUCAAUGUUUCUUCGGUGACUAUGCCUUUGUGAAAUGUCAUAGCAAUAAGAAACAAUAUAAAUUAUAAACAUUUCUGAUUGUGCCUUCAGGGUUUUUACUCAUAAGACUUUGAUUACUGUAACAUCUGGAUUCCUUAAUAGUUACACUGAAUUUAAACAAAAAAGGUAUGUGAUAUUUUCAAUUGAAAUAAAGUAUAGUAAAUCAUGAAA